GUUAAUAUGACGUAACUGUCAAAUUUGAAGUCGGUGUGAAAAAGUUUUAGCGUUUGAUUUGUGAUUUCAACAAACGGAAAUUUCAAACAAUAAGAAAAAUGUCUAGUACAUCGCAAAAACACCGUAAUUUUGUCGCCGAACCAAUGGGUGAAAAAUCGGUAACAGAAUUAGCAGGAAUUGGUGGAGUCCUCGGAGAACGCUUAGUGGCAGCCGGAUUUGACAAAGCUUAUGUUGUACUUGGACAAUUUCUGGUUUUAAAGAAAAAUCAAGAACUUUUUAAGGAAUGGAUGAAAGACACCUGUUCGGCUAAUUCGAAGCAAUCAUCAGACUGUUGGCAGUGUCUUAACGAUUGGUGUGAAGAAUUUUUGUAAUUAUUUUAUAUAUUUUUAGCCUCAAUUUAAUUUUAUAUUUAUUACCUUUAAGCAUAUGUAUGUAUUAAUAAGAUUCAAAUUUAAAAUGUAAAUAAGCUACAAAUCAGGUUUAAAUAUUUUAUUAUAUAUCAAUUGUACAUACAAUUUUUGGUGGUUUCAAAACAGAAUAAAUAAUUUUUGUAUUGUCG